AUGUCGCUAGUGCUUCUUUCUUUUUUGUACUUCCUUCCGGCCACAUUUGCCGCUAUCCAGUACGGCGGCGGCUCUUUCGGUAGUCUGGGCGCAGUUCCGUACAGUCCAUUCGGAGGCAGUCCUCUCGACGGCCGACAGUACUACGGCGGGUACGGUAACUCCGUGCCGGUCGUCGUUCCUGUUUACUAUUCGGCGAUGCCACAAGGAGACUCCGGCUCUUGCUGCGGCGGAACAACCGGUGGCUAUGGAGUUUGUUUUAUUAGCACUUUGCUUUUCGAUUCUUGAUUAUCGAUUGUAUGAAAAUACCAAUGAAUUCGGGAUGAAUCAAAAAAUAAUUGAACUAAAACUAGGUACUACAGAACGGUUACAAUUCUUCAAAAAAGCAGGCCCUCAAGGGAUUUUUUGAAAUUAAAUAUUGACAAUAACUCCGUCAGUGUGCCAGCGGUCGCGCAAGCUACAGUAGGACGGCGCCAAAAAUUGAAAUGAAUUUUAAAAAAAUCCACGACGAACGAAUCGUGAUGGACAUAUAUUGGAUAAACACGAUCUAUUUCGAUAGGCAUACUCUAGAGCUCUCAAAACCAAACGUUUGAACGAACGUUCAACCAAACAUUUUUCAAACUUUUAUUGAAACCGACCUUUGAAAAACAAACAUUUGUUUUCGUUUGAAAAAAGUUUGAUCAGAAAACCGAACGGUCGUUUAUCGGUUGGAAAAAUCAGUGGACGAGAUCUUACGAGACUACAAGAUUUUGGAUUUUUCCCGAGAAGCAGAAGCUGUUUCUGAAUGAAUAAUAGCCUAUAGCCUGUAGUCUGUUCAAUUUCAGAUGUCAAAUCCUCGCUCAAGCUACGCCCCUAAUAAUGCGAUAAACCAAUCAGAGAGCGAGCCAUCCACAGAGCGUUUUCGAAUGACGUCAUUGCACUUGACAUUUAAAAUCCGAACAGACUAUAGUCUGAACGCUCUUCCGGAAGAGCGUUAAACUUUUUACGACGGGUUUCUGGGGUAACGUUAAAAUCUAAAUAAGAAGUUAGUUUAUUCCAAAGAGGAAUAGUUCUAGUAAAGAAGUCAUUAGAAAACUGGCCAGUAGUCCGUAGUCGAAGUGGAUUGAAGAAGAAUUUAUUACGGGCGAGAAAAUGAUCAGAGCCACAGAUGAUUUUAUGCAAGGUGAUAAUGUCACAAAUUUCGCGACGAAUGAAAAAAAACCUAAUAAUAUUUUUGUCGUCCAAGUUGUUUCAAGUUGAGAAAAAGAAGGUUGACAAAAUAUCACUUUUUGGGUUCAUUUGAUACUCCUUCGGUUCACAAAGAUCAUUCGGUUCGCAAAAAUCACGGUUCAAAAGAUAAUUGGCCGUUUUUCGGUUGAAAAAAGUUUGGUCAAAAUAACAAACGUUUGUUUUUCGGUCCGAAAACGUUUGAUCAUAACUUGAGCGAUUUGAAUGUGGCCGUUUUCGAUCAAUGUUUGAAAAUGAAACUUUUUCGAAAUGUUGAAAACAAAAUUUUUCAUGUUUUCAAAAUUUCAUUUUUUCAAACGUUUGGUUUUGAGAACACUCGUGGUAUACUCGUGGAUGCACUAAAUUAUACUCCGAUUCGCUUGUGUCUGUGCAUGAUUGUAGCUUUCAGGUUCAGACAUUCGGCCGCGAGGGCAAUUUCCGACGAUUUCUACGAGGCGCCACCGAAGGCUUCCUGAUGGGCAGCGUCGGAAUUCUGACAGGAUAA